AUGCGAUACUCAGAUAACCCUACGAAGCAUAUAAGCAUGAGUCAAACUCUGGAACACCCGUUCAAAAAUCUUUGCAGUCUUCCUGAUGAAUUGAUAGCCAAGGUGCUUUCCUUCUUGGAGAAGCAAUAUUUGAAAGCAAUUGUAGAUGAGGCAGAUAACAGGAUUAAACAAAUUGCGCGCUACAUCUACUAUGAUAAAAUCAAGAUAAGAUCGAAUAGUGAUUAUGACAUUGCUAAAGAUCCAGAAUUAACUUCCAAGGAUUUUUAUAAUAAUCUUUAUCAAAGCAGUUUAAUAAUGUCAAUAGACGAAUUUAUCCUGUUUCAUGAAAUGAAUAGCAAGCAUCCAAUUGGUUUCCUCGAGCUUAGCGAUGAAGAGUUAUUGGAAAUACAUAAAAGGUAUCCAUCCAGCUUAAGACAAGUAGUAUCAAUCCACGUUCAUUGCCUAAAUGUUUCAUGUAUAUCUCAAUUGCCACAACUCCCUUACAAUAUCGAGAGGUUAGAUUGUCCCCUGGUGGGUGCCUAUCAUUACGUUGAUGACUUCGAGUAUCCGAGAACAAUAAAACAUUUAAAUAUUUCUUAUGGAAGAUUCAAGGAUCUACGCGCUUUUGUUAAAACGUUUCCUUAUCUAGAGACUUUGGUAAUGAGUGGGGUUGUUAUUCCUUUGGAUGGUUUGCUGGUCGAUCUCCCUUGGCUCAAUACAUUGGGCACAAAUUCUUCAAGUCUAAAAAAGUUUAAUAACAAAGAAAUUAAGCUUCCAGACCGGAUAGGCGAUUUUACAAUUUUCUAUAGUGAGUCAGCCGAAGAAGAAGAAGAUAUACCAUUUCAAGAAGAAACCCCACUGUAUUCAGAUCAUAUCAGCUUUAACCUCGGUUCUUGUUCAAAAUUAAAAGCGUUGACACUUUAUGGAAAUAAACAGGUAGAGUUAAAUAAUAUUACGGUACCACCUUUUCUAGCCAAGUUGCUGCUUGUUGGCAUAAGUUGUAUCUACCAUGGCGAGAUACUCCAAUCAUUGGGAACUUUAAAUGUGUUGGAAAUAACUGGAAAACUUGAAACAUGCUGUUAUUAUCAAAUAUUCAAGGUGUUCAAAUUUCCAACAAGUCUACGAAAGUUGGUUAUUAGGAAUGCCCAAUUUCGAUCCGAGAUUCAAAAAGGAUUAGAAGAUGCAAAACUUGAAUUAAAUGAAUGUUUUAACAGUGACGGAAAAUUUGAAAUAGGAAGAUCUGAUUUGCAAUUACCCCUUCAGCUAGAAGAACUACUAUUUUCCGGGUUUCCAUUCCUAUGCUUCACCGAAGAAUGGAAAAUGCCUCCAAACUUACUUGGAUUGAGGUUGAGCAUUCUAGAUGGUUUCGAACCAUUUUCAAGUUGCUAUCUCCCUCGUAGAUUGAGAAGUCUCGAAGUGGAACGUGUUGGUCUCGGAUUUUUAAAGGAUAUUCAAUUUCCUGAAACAUUGAAUUAUGUUUCCUUCGAUCAGUGCAAAAUAUGUUAUGUUGAAAAUACUAAUCUUUUUGAAUUGAAAAAUCUUAGGACGCUCGUCUUGAGAGAUAAUACCUCCCUGAGAACCCCAUUCAGGAUUGAUCAGAAUUUGAUAGAUUCAUAUGAUUUGUCUCCAAUGAAAUCAUUGAUGUCUUUGGAUUUAUCUGGAAUUAGGUUUGGAGAUAUCUGUGCUGUAAAAUUUCCUUAUUGGUUGGAAAAACUCAAGUUAAAUGAUUGCAAGUUUUGCAGAUUUGGUAAACUUUUUGAGUUCCCCAUUAAUUUAUUAUAUCUAGGAUUGGCGAAGAACAAUCUCUUGAUUUUGGAAGUUUUGGAAAAGUUACCUCGACAGUUGAAACAGUUAAACAUGUCUUGGAUUACUACCACUAAGAAUGAACCAAUUAAGAUCAGCCAUAAUGCUUUGGAGGAGUUAUUUCUUGAGAGGGCAAAAUUUGACCUGUUUGAUUUUUCCCUAUGCAACAAUCUUAAGAAAUUGAGCCUUAAGCGAACUUCACACGACCUAUUACAUUCGGCUCAAUUUCCCAUAUCUCUUGAAGAAUUGGACUUGAAUUCUGCUACCGCAACUCGUUUAGUUUCGGAUUUUCCACUCCCAAAUGGUCUAUAUUCGAAUUUUGCUAGAUUGAGUAGGUUGAAAGGUUUAGACUUAAGAGAAAGCAUCAUACAAAUGUUUGUUAGGAACCCACCGGAAGUUAUGAAUUUAUCUAGAAGACUACAAGGAGAGACAAGCAACGGCACUCCUGUAGUAUAUGACUGGAGUAAAGGUGCAUAUUUUUAUACAGAGGAAGAAGUCGAUGAAUUAACUAGCUAG